CAGCUCCGUCGCUUUCAGCACCAUGAACAGCUCCUCCGACCUGUUGGAAUACGCGGGCGGUUUCCAAGAGCUCAAGGAAGCGGAGCUGAAAGUUGCCCUGCCCGUCGUGCUGGGAGUCAUCUGUCUGGUGGGCUUGGCUGGGAACACCAUGGUGGUCGCCGUCUUAAUGCACGACUUCAGGCAAGCCAAGAGCUCGGUGGCCAACGGUCUGAUCGUCCUGCUGAGCGCCACCGACCUCCUGAUCCUGCUUUUCUGCGCGCCGCUCCGAGCCGUUACCUACUCCAGACCGAGUUGGUCCUUCGGUUGGCUCCUGUGUAAGUCUUCCGACUACUUUCUUCAGGCGUGCUUGUCGGCGAAAAGUUUCACCCUGGCCGCGGUAGGGCAUGCCCGCUACCAACACGUUGCCAAGCCUAAGAACUACAUUGACUUCAAGUGCCGGCGCCUGGUUGCAUUGACCUGCUCCAUUUGGUCUCUGUCUUGCCUCCUACCCAUCCCUCACUGGCUGUUCGCCGACCUCAGGCGCCGUGGAGCCGAGACCUCUUGCGUGUUGGAGAUCCCAACCCACGCUUGGCAUUUCAUGACCGCUUUCGGCGUGGCUUACCCGCUUGCGGUCUAUCUCAUGCCCGUCAGCUUUGCCAUGGCUUGCCUGGUCAAAGCUCUGGUGAAGAACAAACCCGGGAGAAACAGGACCCCGAACCGCAGGUACGAGAUCCGGAGGGUUACCGUCAUGUUACUGGUUCUGAGCGGUGCGUUCGCUCUUAUGCGGCUCCCGGAGUGGGUAGCGUGGACCUGGAGUAGGCAUCGGGGGUCGGUCAACCCGGGUCCACCCACCGCCUUACUGGUGUUGGCUCAAGUUCUCACCUUGGCCAACUGCACAGUCAACCCCUUGGUACUUCUCGCUGCUUCUGAGGACUUCAAGGACGGCGUGCGGAGCGCUUGGGCCGUGGCCACUCGGAGGGGAGCGGGCGCACAAGGUGGCACGUCCAGUUUUGCCGAGAAGGUAUGCGCCACCAUCCCUCACGCCGGGGCCGCCAGCUCCCUCUGCGCCCUGCCUACCAUCUCUGCCCGGGAAGACGUGCCCAUCUGCCGGGACCUGGCUCAGAACAUCCCGCCCGACGUCCAACACUUUUGGCAACAUCGGAAGAACGCGGCGCCAGUGGACAACAACGACCCUACCCCUUGGGAGCGCCAGGAACAGGCGUAAAGACGGCGGUUGAAAGGGCUGGACUCCAACCGUGGCUGGCUUUCUUUUAGUUUAACCUCUCUAAAAUCCAUUCCAAGAGUUGCAAAGAUUGCUGUAACCGGCAAGUGUCCGCUGCAUUACUGAGCACCGGCGGGUAUCUGGGACUUUCCAACUGAGCAAACACAUUGGGCUGGAAAGGAGCGUCCUUCACCCGUACCCUCCACACUCCCCCCCCCCCCCACCCCCCAACAGCCUUUGAUAAUGACUUCUUGUUUUGGGUCUUUAUCAUUGCAAGCGAUCCCAACCUUCUUCAGAGGUGACCCUGCGCCACGCGUGGCCAAGGUGAAGGGAUGUAAUGAAAGCACCGUGCAUCGAAUGGCCGCUUUACACCAGAAGACUCCUAGAAAAUGACCCAAGGGGAGUUUGGGCAAGGAAGCAAAUUUGGCGCCCACGUCUUGGCGGGAAUGUGGGCGGAAUUCGAAUGUGGGGUGGGAAUGUAAUUCACAGAAGUGUGGGGUAAAAUCAGUUGUGUUCCAGAACGAUCCAGAUCCUUUCCACCUUCAUAAGUCCACCCGGAUCCCAGGAGAUCGGUUCCGAUAUCCUCUCCACACCUUGCGAAUUGUACUGAGCACUGGAUGGGUCUUCGCUCUCCGCACUAAUAAACCCAAGGGUUAAAUUCUAUCCUCAUGUGAGUGGGGAAAGGUUUGCAUUUCUGUAACACUUAUACUCAGCAUUGGGAGCCCCCAAGGGUUUUACAGACAACAGCGGCUAGUUACAUACAAUGACACAGCGGGUAGAACCGCUGCCUCGCAGCUCCAGAGACCCGGUGCAAUCCUGACCUCGGGUGCUGUCUGUGUGGAGUUUGCCCGCUCCCCCCUGCGGACACGUAGGUUUCCUCUGGGUGCUCGGAUUUCCUCCUAGUCCCAUAGGUUCAUAGGCCACUGUAAAUUGCCCCUGGUGUGUAGGUAAGUGGUAGAAUCUGGAGAUAGUUGAUGGGAGUGUGGGGAGAAUGACAUGGGUAAAUGGGAGUUGAUGGUCAGCACGAAUUUGAUGGGCUGAACGGCCUGUUUGUGUGUUGUAUCUCUCUAAAAUUCUAACUUGCAGAGAGUGCUCACUGAUGUAGUGUAGGAAAUGCAGUGGCCAAUUUGCAUGCAGUGAACCCCCACAGAUAACGAUAAUAAACAAGAACAGCACAGACAGAAUGGGCCAAAUGGCCUCCUUUCAUGUUGUAAAUAUUCUUCCAUAAACUGGUUAAAGUAGAAACAUAGAAAACCUACAGCACAAUUCAGGCCCUUCGGCCCACAAAGCUGUGCCGAACAUGUCCCUACCCUAGAAAUUACUAGGCUUACCCAUAGCCUUUUUCUAAACUCCAUGUACCUAUCCAAAAGUGUCUUAAAAGACCCUAUUGUAUCCGCCUCCACCACCAUUGCCAGCAGCCCAUUCCACACACUCACCACUCUCUGAGUAAAAAACUUACCCCUGACAUCUCCUCUGUACCUACUCCCCAGCACCUUAAACCUGUGUCCUCUUGUGGCAACCAUUUCAGCCCUGGGGAAAAGCCUCUGACUAUCCACAUGACCAAUGCCUCUCAUCACCUUAUACACCUCCAUCAGGUCCCCCCUCAUCCUUCAUUGCUCCAAGGAGAAAGGGCCGAGUUCCCUCAACCUGUUUUCAUAAGCCUGGUUUAGUCAUGUUGCCUGAGGGAUAAAUAUUAAUCAGGUUACCAGAGCAAAUCCAGUUUUUAGUCAUUGAGUAAUAGAGAGAUACAUCAUGGAAAUAGGCCCUUCAGCCCAUCGUGUCUGUACCAACUAUCGACCACCCAGUUACACCAACCCUAUAUUAAUCUAAUUUUAUUCUCCCCACAUUCUCAUCAGAUUCUGCCACUCAUCUACAGAGUAGGGUCCUGGGAAGUGUGUGGAAUGGAGAUCUAGGGGUACAAGUCCAUAGCUCCCCGAUAAUGGCAACAUGGGUAGACAGGGUGGUGAAGAAGGCCUGUGGCACACUUGCUUUCAUUGGUCAGGGCACUGAGUUCAAGAGUUAGGACAUUAUGUUUCAGCUGUACAAGACCUUGGUUAGUCUGAAGUCAGAGCACUGUGUGCAGUUCUGGCCACCACACUAUAAGAAGGAUGUGAUUAAGCCAGAGCAAGCACAUAAAAGAUUCACAAGGACAUUGCUAGGACUAGAGGGCUUGAGUUAUACAUAGAACAUAGAACAGUACAGCACAGAACAGGCCCUUCAGCCCACAAUGUUGUGCUGACAUAGCUAAUCCCUCCUACCUACAGAAUGCCCAUAUCCCUCUAUUUUCCUCUCAUUCAUGUGUUCAUCCAAGCCCCUCUUAAAAGCCCCCCAUGAAUUUGCCUCCACUACCCUAUCAGGCAACGCAUUCCAGGCAUCCACCACUCUCUCAGUAAAAAAAACAUUCCCCUCACGUCUGUUCUGAACCUACCCCCUCUCACCUUAAAUGCAUGCGCUCUGGUAUUUGAUCUCUCAAUAAUGGGAAAAAGAUAUUGCUUGUCCACGCUAUCUGUGUCCUUCGUAAUUUUAUACACUUCCAACAGAUCACCCCUCAGUCUCCGCUACUCUAGAGAAAAGAGCCCAAGUUUGUCCAGCCUUUCCUGAUAGCACAUGUCCUCUAAUCCAGGCAGCAUCCUAGUAAACCUCCUCUGCACCCUCUCUAAAGCCUCGACAUCUUUCCUAUAGUGAGGUGACCAGAACUGCACGCAAUAAAUGGGGAGAGUUAUGGGGAGAGAUUGGAUAGGUUGAGCCUGUUUUCUCUGGAGCGAAGGAGGCUGAGAGGUGACAUGAUAGAGGGAUAUAAAAUUAUGAGAAGCAAGAUAGGGUAGGUAGAGAGCCACAGUCUGUUUCCCAGGGUAAGGAUGUCUAAAACUAGAGGGCAUAGUUUAAGGUGAGAGGGAGGAGGUUUAAAGAGGAUCUGAGGGGUAAUUUUUUGGUAGUUGGUAUCUGGAAUGAGCUGCCAUGGGAGGUGGUGGAGGCAGGAACAGAAACAACAUUUAAGAGGUACCUGGAUGGGUACUUGAAUGAACAGGGCACAGAGGGAUAUAGAAUUAAUGCAGGCAAAUGGGAUUUGGAUAGAUAGAUGUGAUGGUUGGCAGUGACGGUGGGCCGAAGGGCCUGUUUCUAUGUUGUACAACUCUAUGACACUAUGACUUGGGGCAAUUUAAGGUGUCUAAUUAACCUACAAACCUGUAUGUCACUGGGAUGUGGGAGGAGACAGGAAUAUCCUGAGGAAUGCCAUGUGGUCACGGGGACAAUGUGCAAAUUCUACACCGACACCACCGGAGGUCAGGAUUGAACCCAGGUCUCUGGUGCUUUGAGGAAGCAGCUCCACUGAGCAGCUCAUCAUUGUGCCCUGGAGUCUUUUACCUUCACCUGCGAUGGAAAACAGAGGGUCACUUUAAAAAUCUACCCAAAUAAUGGCACUGUAUGGAGUUCCAGCUCAAAUCUCUGCAGCGGCACUUGAACCUACACCCACAGGGGGUGAGAAUGCUACCAAAUGAGCCAGAGCUGGCAGCAAAGUAAGGAUUAUCAAUAAUGUGGAAGAGAGUGACAGAAUUUUGCAAUAUUGAAUGCUUUCUCCACUGGUUCCAUCACUGACUAACGUAAACAGACUUCCUCAUUGCCUUCAUUGUUCGGGGCAUUGAGUACAAGAGUUGAGCAACCAUGUUACAACUGUGCAAGAUGUCGGUGAGACCACACUUGGAUUAUUGUGUGCAGUUCUGUUUGCCUAGCUAUAGAAAGGAUGUCAUUAAGCUGAUAAAGGUGCAGAAGAGAUUCACAAGGAUGUUAUUGGGACUGGAGGGCUUAAGGAGAGACUGGAUAGACUGGGGCAUUUUUGUGUAGGAAGCUGAGGGGUGACCUUGUAGAGGCUAUAAAAUCGAGGGGCAGAGAUGAAGUGAAUGGUCACAGUAUUUUUCCCAGGGUGGGGGAGUCUAAAACUGGUAGGGCGCGGGUUUGUGAGAUGGGAAAGGGUUUAAAGGGGAUCUGAAUGGCAACUUUUUCACACUGAGGGUGGCGGGUAUAUGGAAUCAGCUGCCAGAGGAAGUGAUAGAGAGGAUUACAACAUGUAAAAGACAUUUGAAUGGGAAAGUUUAGAGGACAGCCGGAACAGAAGAAGGAGAAAUGUUUUAAUACAUGAACUGGCUUGGAUUUGGAAUGCAAGGAUGUGGAUAGAUUUAUUAGUAGGUUUGGAUAAAUAUUUUGGGCAGCUAGGUUACUGAAAUCAGCUGGCCUCCAGAAUCCUGGACUAUUAGCCUGGAGAAAUGUCUGCUUCCCAGCAUAAACAGAUUUAAAUUAAGCAAACCUGCAAUAAACUGCAAGUAUCAGAUUUUCGUUACCGUGAAUCAUCAGAAUUACCACAAAAACUCCGUUCACUAAUGUGGUUCAGGGAAAGAAAUCUGCUGUCUUUCUCUGGUCUGGUCUUUCUGUGAAUCAAGGCCCACAUCAAACUUGUUGUCUCUUAACAAUCCCAGCAGGAUGUUCAGUUCAGGGUUCAUAGAGCAAUACAGCACGGAAUCAGGCCCUUUUGCCCAACUCGCCCAUGCCGACCAAGAUGCCCAUCCAAGCUGGCACCAUUUGCUCAUGUUUGGCUCACAUCCCUUUCUUAUCCAUAAACCUGUCCAAGUAUCUUUUAAAUGUUGUUAUUGUACCUGCCUCAACCACUUCCUCUGGCAACUCAUCCCACAUACCCACCACCCUCUGUGUGAAGAAGUUGCCCCUCAGGUCCCUUUUGAAUCUUUCCCCUCUCACCUUAAACCUCUGCCCUCUAGUUUUUGAUUCCCUUUCCCUGGGAAAAAGACUCACCCUAUCUCUGCCCCUCAUGAUUUUAUACACCUCUAUAAGGUCAUCCCUCGGUCUCCUACGUUCCAAGAAGUCCUAGCCUGCCCAACCUCUUCCUAUAACUCAGGCCCUCAAGUCCUGGAAACAGGUUGAAUCAUAGAAUCAUAGAAUCAUAGAACAGUACAGCACAGUACAGGGCCUUCGGCCCACAAUGUUGUGCCGACCUUUAAACCUCACCUAAGACUAUCUAACCCCUUCCUCCCACAUAUCCCUCUAUUUUAAUUUCCUCCAUAUGCCUAUCUAGUAAUCUCUUGAAUUUGACCAAUGUACCUGCCUCCACCACCGCCCCAGGCAGCACAUUCCAUGUCCCAACCACUCUCUGGGUAAAAAACCUUCCUCUGAUAUCUCCCUUGAAUUUCCCACCCAUUACUUUAAAGCCAUGCCCUCUUGUAUUGAGCAUUGGUGCCCUGGGAAAGAGGCACUGGCUGUGCACUCUAUCUAUUCCUCUUAAUAUUUUAUACAGCUCUAUCAUGUCUCCUCUCACCCUCCUUCUCUCUAAAGAGUAAAGCCCUAGCUCCCUUAUAAUCCAUACUCUCUAAACCAGGCAGCAUCCUGGUAAGUCUCCUCUGCACCCUUUCCAAUGCUUCCACAUCCUUCCUAUAAUGAGGCAACCAGAACUGGACACAGUACUCUAAGGGUAUUUUGAGCGCUGUGAGGGUACUCAACUAGGGGUUUAACAUUAAAAUAUUGGCUUUACUGGUGACACCCACCAUUCCAUGUGUGAAUAAUCAACAGAAUGUGAAAGAUAUAGGGAAAUGUCAGACUCCAUUGGUUCUGUAACACCUUGUUGUUGUUCACGAUAACCAGUUCAAUUCUAUUUACUGUUCCAGCAUUAAAAGGCCAUCUGGGCGUUAUAUACCUUCUGAUCUGAUGUGACAAUGCCCUUAACCUCAAAUCAACAAGCAGAAAGGACCUCGGGUGGAUUAGCCUGUUCAUCUUCUUACAUAAGGUUGACAAUUGUAAGACCGUCCAGAAUGUAUUCCAGUUGAUAUACCUGCAGUCACAACAGGCAGAUGACGAGUUCUGUCUGAGUUGUCCACCUCAGCCAUAAGAUGCCAUCUUCAUUCACUGUGUCAUGCAUGACGUAAAGAAAGGCUUGCAUUUAUAUAAUGCCUUUCAUGAUCUCUGUACUUCAUGCAACCUUUAAAGUAUAGAUGCUUUGGUAAGUGAUGGCUAAUGAAUAUUUCUUUGCAACCCUAAGGUAUUUUAAGGUGUUAAGAAGGGAAAAUAAAAGUUAGGUGCUCAUAACAAGUAUUGGAUGUUACCUAACUUGGAUCCUGAUAUCCCGUGGUCUCUUGUUCGAGCUGCUGUUUUGCUGUGGUGCAAAUCAGUUUGACCUUUCACUUCAAUCAGUUUUGAAUUUCGGUUGAAAGCUGCAAGUCAAUCAUCAGGCAAUUUCUUACAGAGAGGAAUGAGAAAUAAAGGAAGGUUCAUUGCAGAAUCCUCAAUAAGCUCAAUAGCUGCUUGUCAUUUUAAGAUGUUCAUCUCCUUCUCAAGUCUGUUCAGGCUCUUAACAUUUCUCAUUCUGUAACCUCGCCCAUAUUUCUGGCCAGUUCUGGCCUCUUGCUCAUUCACCUUUCCAUCGCCGCACCAUUUCCUUUUCUAGCCCUCUCUCCUCUCUCAUCGACCGAGAUCCUGAGCUAAUGUUCCCUGCUCUGACUCGAUUGCAGAUUGUGCUCGAUAAUUGGUCCCAUGAAGCCCUUCUGUCGGCCUGUUGUGUAAAAAAAGUGCAAGUUGUUGUUGUUGCCAGAUGAACCACCAUGCUAAGAGAAAAGUAGACUUUAAAAAUGUUACAGUCCUUCACUGAGUAGUAGAGAUCUUCAUACAGGUUGAUUUGUCCAGCCUCCUAAUUAAGAACUGAACGUUAUAUGCAGGGUGCCAAGGAAAGAGAUAUUGAAAACAGUUGCUGGAAACUGAUGAGCCACUUUAAAACACCUGGAGUAUCAAAUUGAUCCAAUCUGCUUCCAUACAGGCUUGAGUCCACAGCUCAGACCUUCUGCUAUUCAAAAAAAUGUUAAAGCUGACCCUACAACUUUUAAGAAAUGUGUUAUGCUAGUGCCAAGCAGGGGCAGAAUUCUGUGUGGGAAAUCAGGAGUGUUCCUUUAAGCGGUGUCAUGACUGAUUCCUUCAAGCUGGGUUAUCGGAGCCCUCCUUUAGCUGUAGUCAUCUGCCUUCUUUCUGAGGAGCCAGCCCAUCUAUAGAGGAAACUAAAUUUUAUAUAUCUAUUUGUGAGUGGCAGGUGGAACUUUAAUCUUUAUCUAACCCAAUCCAUACUAUGUCUAGGACUUCUUGAAAGAAUGUAGAGUGAGCCUUACUUUGUAUCUAGUCUGUGAUGUACCUGAGACGUGAGUGUUUGAUAUUUAUACUUGAUGAUAAAAUAUUUUGUUCUCUGGUAUUGAGACCCUCCAUCCAGGAAAUCAAAGCAAUCAUCUCUCAUAAAUAAACCAUUUGGCUUGUAGUUAGUACAUUAAGUUAUGACUAGCCUGUGAUCUCCAGAUAUAAUAGAUUUAUCUUACAGUUCUAAAAUAAAGCUUUGUAGGAAUCAAAAAUGUGUACACAUUCUGUAAUAUUUAGUUGCAGAGGUUGUGUAGCAGGGAUGAAUACACUUUGCCUGUGUAUGUGAUGUACAUGUUAAAAUGAUUUCGUACGCACCUUAACGCAUCUGCAGAAUUUCUACGGUUAUGCUCCGGUUGAUUAAUUCUAUCCAACAGUGUAAUUGCUAUAUUCCACAUUUAGUGAUUAAUAAAUAGUCCAUAAAUGUU